UUACUAGUAAUGACAGGAAGACAGCUCUACGACCUACUAAUCUUCUACUCUAAUUCUUGAUCUCCACAACUUACUGUCAAAAAUCAUUUUCUUACAUUAAAUCACAAAAUUGCUUUAGUUAUAGCAUUGCAAGAUACGAAUACUUAAGAAAAGAAUUGGGAAAGCUUGGAUAGAUAAAAUUAAGCAUAACACAAGAAAUGAUUACACUCAUUGAUCACCUCAGUGCUUACUCCUAGCAUAUUGCUAUCAAGUGAAAAUAAUCUAGCUAACUUCAACUGAACUGAAGUAAUUUAAUUUUAACUUUCAUUUUAUCCUUCACGAGGAAAUACCAAGUAUGUAUGACUUAUUUUGGCUCAUAAAUUUUAAUUUAUUUAUUUAUUUUUUGAAUUUUGUGUCCAAUCAAAAUGCAUUACAUAAAAGCAGUAUACAACAUUUUUAACUUAUAUACACGGUCAACUUAAAAUAAAUUUUAUACCACACAAACUUGGAAGAAACACAUUUUAUAUCAAAGAGAAGUUGUGAUGAAGCAGUUUUGGCCGUUAAGGAAAAAAAGGACUUUUGGCCGUCAAAGAACAAGCUAUAAGAAAAAAGAGUGCAAGAUUAAUUCUUGCGGAAUGUCAUCCAAAAAAUAAAUAAUAAAUAAAUUUAGCACUUUAGGGGAAAAAAUUAAAAUGUUCAGAAAGUUAGUCGGGCAAAGAUCUACAAAUGAAAGUUUUGGGAGAAAAAUAAUCCUUUUUCUUUCGUGAAACUUGUAACGAUUAAAAAGUACUUGAGCAAAUAGUGAUGAAAGGGACAAGGGUAAACCGAUUAGAGCCAAUAUGCUGAGAAAAGCUGUGACGAUACUCUCAUCUCCAUCUCCCAUAUAAUGUACGGUCUCCGACUUCCGUCCAAUCUCUUCCCCUAACGGCUGUUUCUCUCUCUCUCCAUCUUAUUCUUUUCUUUGCCCCCACAUUUACAGAAACCUUUUGCACACUCAUCCCUCUAUUCCUUCUUUAUCCCAGAUUCCUCCCCCCUUCUUUCUCUCUCUCUCUCUGUUAUCCUUUUUUCAUAUCUCAGACCCGGUUUUCAAGAAGACGUAUAUAUCCAAUCCAACGUUAUAGCUCUUUAGAUAAGCAACAAACCCAUUUUCUUCAAAACACCACCAUUGAUACUCCCACUUCAGCUCUAAUUUUUCGAGUCAAGAAUUUUCCCCCAUGUUCAAAGAGAAUGAAUCUUUAUUAUUAUCAUCAACAAUCAUUUUCCGUUGUUGUAGAUUGUAGAUUUUUACUGCCAAUUUAGCAAUCAAUCCAUUAAACAAUGGACAAACACCGUAGUAGAUGGACUUAUUCAUUCACCAAGCUUAUUUUCUGGACCACACUUUUUGCAGGUACCAUUCUUUUCGUAUGUUUCCACUCUCCUCCUUCUGAUUCCCCAUCUAUCCACCCCAAGAUGAAAUGGGGCAGCCCACAAUGGGAAAAACGUGUCAAAUCCUCUGCCCGUUCUCGUUCCGGUCAUUUUACCGUCCUUGUCACCGGUGCUGCCGGUUUCGUCGGGUCCCACGUUUCCGCCGCCCUCAAACGGCGUGGCGACGGCGUCGUCGGCCUGGACAAUUUCAACAGCUAUUACGAUCCCUCAUUGAAAAGAGCUCGUCAGAAAUUGUUAGAACGUAAUGGGAUUUUUGUUAUUGAAGGUGAUAUUAAUGACAGGCAUUUACUCGAGAAGCUUUUUGACGUUGUUGCUUUUACUCACGUAAUGCACUUAGCUGCACAAGCUGGCGUUCGUUACGCUAUGAAGAAUCCUGGUUCUUAUAUCCAUAGUAAUAUUGCAGGUCUCGUUAGCGUUUUCGAGGCCUGUAAAUCAGCUAAUCCACAGCCUGCAAUUGUUUGGGCAUCGUCCAGUUCUGUUUAUGGACUUAACUCUAAAGUACCCUUUUCAGAAAAAGAUCGAACGGAUCAACCAGCGAGUCUUUACGCCGCGACAAAGAAAGCUGGUGAAGAGAUUGCUCAUACUUAUAACCAUAUCUAUGGUCUUUCAAUUACAGGGUUGAGAUUCUUCACUGUUUAUGGACCUUGGGGUCGGCCUGAUAUGGCGUAUUUCUUUUUCACAAAGGAUAUAUUAAAGGGAAAGAGUAUUAAUGUGUUUGAAGGUUCUAAUAAUAAAAGUGUAGCAAGGGAUUUUACUUACAUUGAUGAUAUAGUGAAAGGGUGUUUAGGGGCACUGGAUACAGCUGAGAAGAGUACAGGAAGUGGUGGGAAGAAGAAGGGAAAUGCGCAAUUGAGAGUGUUCAAUUUGGGGAAUACUUCACCUGUGCCAGUUACUAAGCUGGUUAGUAUAUUGGAGAAGUUGCUUAAGGUAAAGGCUAAAAAGAAUGUUUUGCCACUGCCAAGAAAUGGGGAUGUGAUGUUUACUCAUGCUAAUAUUAGCUAUGCUCACAAGGAAUUUGGAUAUAAGCCUACUACAGAUUUGCAGAUGGGGUUACAGAAGUUCGUUAAUUGGUAUCUUGAUUACUAUUCAGUUAGUGAGAAGAAAAAGAGUUUUUGGUGACCUUAUUAAUGAAGCUUUUAGCUACUGAUCAAAUAGAAAGUAGGAGGGGCUAUGAGCUUGGCAUAAGAAAAUAUCCAAAACUUGUAUAGGUAUUUUAAUUUUUGGUGGACCGGAAUAUUUUUUUUAACCUUGAACAACUGUAUUAAUGACUUCCAGCUGGGGAGAUUCCAUUAUGCUAGUCAUCUCACAGUCUUAAUGAACUGUGCUUCCUUCUUUC